CUCAACAAAGGUCUUGUAAAAGAGUGUAAGCAAAAGAAUGUAAGCUGCUCCUGAGUGUGUCUGCCCACCCCCCAGCUGCAUUGUUGUGCAGGGGAUAUGCAUAAGGUUGCUAACACCUUAGCAAAUUUGCAUGCAGCCUUUUGUGCUGUGGGGGAUAAAUAGGUGACUGCUUCACCUAUUUUGUUCAAAAGAAACAAAAUGCAGAGAAGGCUCACCACUCAACAGGCAUUGGAACUGAUCCUGAGCAACACCAACCCUUGUGACUCAGAUGGAGAAGACAUAGUCCUUCAACCGGAUUCGGACUCUGAGCUGUCUUCAGAUGAGGAGACUCCUCCUCUACCAAAAAAGAGAGCUCGGUUGGCGAGUGAGCCGACAGAGACCGCAAAAGAUGGCACAGUGUGGCGUGAAGUACAAGUGGGGAAACGUCUCCAUUUCACCCCAAUAGAACCGUACCCUACAGAUGGAGAGCCAAGGGCUAAGGCCAGACGAAGUGUCCGGAGUCGCCUUCAGAGCUUCCUCUGUUUUAUCACUCUUGACAUGCUUCGUAGCAUUCAAGAAUGGACUACUCAACAUGCACGUCACACGGAGCAGGUGGAUUGGUUCAUGGCUCUCCCGGAACUAAUGGCAUUUAUUUCAGUCACUAUCUUGCGGGGGGUGACCAAGGUUCCAUCACUACGUGACAGCUGGUCAGCAAACCUGGCAAACCCAAGGAUCAUUGCAACUAUGGCCCGAAACCGCUUCCAAGACAUCAUGCAACACCUACGCUUUGAUGACAUGUUCACACGCAGUGAGCGAGCGGAGACCGAUAAGUUUGCUGCAAUCUCCGAUGUGUGGAGAUCGUUUGUCACCAACUGCAUCGCAUCCUACAACCCUGGUCGACACAUCACUAUUGAUGAACAGCUUUUCCCGUCAAAGACUCGCUGCUGUUUUCUGCAAUACAUUGCAACAAACCAGACAAGUUUGGCAUCAAGUUUUGGGUGGCUUGCGACUUGA